GAAGAAAUAACCGUAGAAGAAGAAACUGCGGAGUCUUAGCGCCGGUUUCCUCGUUUGAGACAAUUGUCCCCGGAGCAGGAAGCUCCGCCUCCAUCGCCCCAACAUGGCGGACGUCAAAAACUUCCUGUACGCCUGGUGCGGGAAGAAGAAGCUAACGCCCAGCUACGACAUCCGGGCGGCCGGCAACAAGAACCGGCAGAAGUUCAUGUGUGAGGUCCGGGUGGACGGCUACAACUACACUGGGAUGGGGAACUCUACCAACAAGAAGGACGCCCAGACCAACGCCGCCAGGGACUUCAUCAACUACCUGGUCCGGGUCGGGGACAUGAGCGCGGCAGAAGUCCCGUCCAUGGGCCCCGGCGUGGGGGUUCCAGGACCCGACCAGCCCGACGGAGGUGGGGGUGGAGGUGGGGGCGGGUUCGGAGAACUGCCCUCCAGCGGGCCCCUGCCGCCUCACCUGGUGGUGAAGUCUGAGAAAGGUUCCGAAGAGGACGCCGAGAGCCGGCCAGUUCCGGGCGUGACGGGGCUGGGCUACGCCCGACCCGCGGCCCCCCAGUGGGACCGCGGAGCCAACCUGCAGGAGUACUACGCCCGGCGGGACGAGCAGGAAGCUCAGGCGACUCUGGAGUCGGAGGAGGUGGACCUGAACGCCAAUCUCCACGGCAACUGGACCCUGGAGAACGCCAAGGCCCGGCUGAACCAGUACUUCCAGAAGGAGAAGACCAGUGCUGAGUAUAAGUACAGCCAAGUGGGACCGGACCACAACAGGAGCUUCAUCGCGGAGAUGCAGCUGUUCGUCAGGCAGCUCGGCAGAAAGAUCACGGCGCGGGAGCACGGCUCCAACAAGAAACUGGCGGCUCAGUCCUGCGCCCUGUCGGUGGUGCGGCAGCUGUACCACCUGGGGGUGGUGGAGGCCUACACCGGCGUCACCAAGAAGAAGGAGGGCGAGACGCUGGAGGUGUACGAGGUCAGCGUGGGGCCGGAGCUGCAGCAGGCUCUGGGCUCCGUGGUGACGGAGCUAGGGGUCCAGAUCCCCCCCCAGCCCGUGGACGGGACCCCGGUGUCCCUGGUCCAGGGGAAGAUGGCGUCCUUCGAGCCGUCGCAGCGGCAGCCCAACGCCGGCGUGGUGCCCUGGUCGCCCCCGCAGGUCAACUGGAACCCCUGGACCAGCAGCAACAUCGACGACGGCCCGCUGGCUUUCUGCACGCCGGAGCAGAUCAGCGGAGACCUGCGCAGCGAGCUGCAGUACCAGCUGGAGAACGACCAGAACCUGCAGCAGAUCCUGUCGGAUCGGCAGCAGCUUCCGGUCAAGCAGUUUGAGGACGCCAUCAUGGACGCGCUGGACCAGAACUCGGUGGUGAUCAUCCGAGGAGCCACGGGCUGCGGUAAAACCACGCAGGUGCCCCAGUACAUCCUGGACCGCUUUAUCCAGGCGGGCCGGGCCUCCGACUGCAACAUCGUGGUGACCCAGCCGCGGCGGAUCAGCGCCGUGUCGGUGGCGGAGCGGGUCGCCUACGAGAGAGGGGAGGACCUGGGGAAGAGCUGCGGCUACAGCGUCCGCUUCGAGUCGGCGCUGCCGCGGCCGCACGCCAGCAUCAUGUUCUGCACCGUUGGCGUCCUGCUGAGGAAGCUGGAGGCGGGAAUCCGCGGCAUCAGCCACGUCAUCGUGGACGAGAUCCACGAGAGAGACAUCAACACGGACUUCCUGAUGGUGGUUCUGCGGGACGUGGUCCAGGCCUUCCCGGAGGUCCGGGUCCUGCUCAUGUCGGCCACCAUCGACACCACCAUGUUCCGGGAGUACUUCUUCAACUGCCCCAUCAUCGAGGUGUUCGGACGCACCUUCCCGGUGCAGGAGUAUUUCCUGGAGGACUGCAUCCAGAUGACCCACUUCGUCCCUCCACCUGUGGACCGAAAGAAGAAGGACAAGGACGAGGAGACGGGAGACGAUGAUACCAACUGUAACCUGAUCUGCGGGGCGGAGUACACGGCGGAGACGAAGGCGGCCAUGGCCCAGAUCAACGAGAAGGAGACGAGCUUCGAGCUGGUGGAGGCGCUGCUGAAAUACAUCGAGACGCUGCAGGUGGCCGGCGCCGUGCUCAUCUUCCUGCCCGGCUGGAACCUCAUCUACUCCAUGCAGCGCCACCUGGAGUUCAACCCGCACUUCGGGAGCAGCCGGUACAAGAUCCUGCCACUUCACUCCCAGAUCCCCCGCGAGGAGCAGAGGAGGGUGUUUGAACCGGUCCCUGACAACAUCACCAAGGUCAUCCUGUCCACCAACAUCGCCGAGACCAGCAUCACCAUCAACGACGUCGUCUACGUCAUCGACUCCUGCAAGCAGAAGGUGAAGCUGUUCACGUCCCACAACAACAUGACCAACUACGCCACCGUCUGGGCCUCCAAGACCAACCUGGAGCAGAGGAAGGGCCGCGCCGGCCGGGUCCGGCCCGGGUUCUGCUUCCACCUCUGCAGCCAGGCGCGCUUCAACAAGCUGGAGACCCACAUGACCCCCGAGAUCUUCAGGACGCCGCUGCACGAAGUGGCUCUGAGCAUCAAGCUGCUGCGGCUCGGCGCCGUCGGACACUUCCUGUCCAAGGCCAUCGAGCCGCCGCCGCUGGACGCCGUCAUCGAGGCCGAGCACACGCUGAGAGAGCUGGACGCCCUCGACACCAACGAUGAACUGACGCCUCUGGGUCGGAUUCUGGCCAAGCUGCCCAUCGAGCCCCGUCUGGGCAAGAUGAUGAUCAUGGGCUGCAUCUUCCAUGUCGGGGACGCCAUGUGCACCAUCUCCGCCGCCAACUGCUUCCCCGAGCCCUUCGUCAACGACGGGAAGCGCCUCGGCUUCGUCCACAGGAACUUCUCCGGCAGCCGCUUCUCGGAUCACGUGGCGCUGCUGGCCGUCUUCCAGGCCUGGGACGACGUCAGGAUCAACGGUGACGAUGCAGAAGCCAACUUCUGCGAACACAAACGUCUCAACAUGUCCACCCUGAGGAUGACCUGGGAGGCCAAAGUCCAGCUGAAGGACAUCCUGGUGAACUCCGGAUUCCCCGAAGAGAGUCUGAUGACGCAGAUGUUCAACACGGUGGGGCCGGACAACAACCUGGACGUGGUGGUGUCGCUGCUCACCUACGGCUCCUACCCCAACGUCUGCUACCACAAGGAGAAGAGGAAGAUCCUGACCACCGAGGGCCGCAACGCCCUCAUCCACAAGUCCUCCGUCAACUGUCCCUUCAGCAGCCACGACAUCAACUACCCGUCCCCCUUCUUCGUCUUCAGCGAGAAGAUCCGAACCCGAGCGAUUUCAGCUAAAGGGAUGACUCUGGUCAGUCCUCUGCAGCUGCUGCUGUUCGGCUGCAAGAAGAUCAGCUCCAACGGAGAAAUGGUGGAGCUUGACGACUGGAUCAAACUGCAGAUUCCUCAUGAGGUGGCGGGAGGCGUCGCCACCCUGCGGGCGGCGCUGGAGGCUCUGGUCGUGGAAGUCACCAAGGACCCCGAAUACGUCAAUAAGAUGGACCAGACCAACGAACGGCUGCUGAACGUCAUCAGACAGGUGUCCAAGCCGUCAGCAGCUGGAAUCAACAUGAUGGCCAGCAACCAGAGGAUGGGAGACGGACCACGACCUUCCAAGAUGCCCCGCUUUGAUGGAGGAGGUGGAGGAGGCUAUCGAGGAGGAGGAGGAUACAGGGGAGGAGGAGGGGGAUACAGGGGGGGAGGAUACAGGGGAGGAGGAGGAUAUGGAGGAUACAGGGGAGGAGGAUAUGGGGGCUAUAGAGGAGGAGGCUACAGAGGAGGUGGAGGCUACGGAGGAGGUGGAGGAAACAGAGGUGGGGGAGGGUACAAAGGUGCUGGUUAUGGAGGCGGCGGCGGUUAUGGAGGAGGAGGAGGAGGCGGCGGUGGCGGUUAUGGAGGAGGUGGUGGCGGAAAUGGAGGGGGUGGAGCUGGUUAUGGAGGCGGUGCCGGUUUUGGAGGUGGUGCCGGUGGUGGCGGUGCUGGAUUUGGAGGCGGCGGCGGUUUUGGAGGCGGCAGUGGCGGUAAUGGAGGGGGUGGUGCAGGAUUUGGAGGCGGCAGGGGCGGGGCGGUAAUGGAGGGGGUGGUGCAGGAUUUGGAGGCGGCGGUGGCGGUAAUCGAGGGGGUGGUGCUCCCUAUGGAGGUGGUGCUGGUUUUGGUGGCGGUAAUGGAGGAGGGGGUUACGGGGGAGGGGGAGGUGGAGGAGGAGGUGGAGGUUAUGGAGGGGGGGGUGGAGCUUAUGGAGGAGGAGGUGGAGUUUAUGGAGGGGGAGGUGGAGCUGGAUCAUACUAAGGAGGAAAACAUCAGUCUGCUGAGGAACCUAACCCUCACCCUCAGGAGGAACCUAACCCUCACCCUCAGGAGGAACCUAACCCUCACCCUCAGGAGGAACCUCACCCUCACCCUCAGGAGGAACCUCACCCUCACCCUCAGGAGGAACCUCACCCUCACCCUCAGGAGGAACCUAACCCUCACCCUCAGGAGGAACCUAACCCUCACCCUCAGGAGGAACCUAACCCUCACCCUCAGGAGGAACCUCACCCUCACCCUCACCCUCAGGAGGAACCUCACCCUCACCCUCACCCUCAGGAGGAACCUCACCCUCACCCUCACCCUCAGGUUUCUGAGCAGCUCCAGAACAGCCAGGAACCUCCGUAAUCCGGAUCCGGACCCUCAGGGUCUGGAUCUGGACCUGCAGCUUAAAAUGUUCAACUUUCCAUCAGAAAUGAACGGGGUUCCAGGAGGUUCCAGGGGGUUCCAGGAGGUUCCAGGAGGUUCCAGGAGGUUCCAGGGGGUUCCAGGAGGUUCCAGGGGGUUCCAGGAGGUUCCAGGAGGUUCCAGGAGGUUCCAGGAGGUUCCAGGGGGUUCCAGGAGGUUCCAGGAGGUUCCAGGAGGUUCCAGGGGGUUCCAGGAGGUUCCAGGGGGUUCCAGGGGGUUCCAGGGGGUUCCAGGAGGUUCCAGGAGGUUCCAGGAGGUUCCAGGAGGUUCCAGGGGGUUCCAGGAGGUUCCAGGGGGUUCCAGGGGGUUCCAGGGGGUUCCAGGAGGUUCCAGGAGGUUCCAGGAGGUUCCAGGAGGUUCCAGGGGGUUCCAGGAGGUUCCAGGGGGUUCCAGGGGGUUCCAGGAGGUUCCAGGAGGUUCCAGGAGGUUCCAGGGGGUUCCAGGAGGUUCCAGGAGGUUCCAGGAGGUUCCAGGGGGUUCCAGGAGGUUCCAGGGGGUUCCAGGGGGUUCCAGGAGGUUCCAGGGGGUUCCAGGAGGUUCCAGGGGGUUCCAGGGGGUUCCAGGGGGUUCCAGGGGGUUCCAGGAGGUUCCAGGGGGUUCCAGGAGGUUCCAGGGGGUUCCAGGGGGUUCCAGGGGGUUCCAGGAGGUUCCAGGAGGUUCCAGGAGGUUCCAGGAGGUUCCAGGGGGUUCCAGGGGGUUCCAGGAGGUUCCAGGAGGUUCCAGGAGGUUCCAGGGGGUUCCAGGAGGUUCCAGGAGGUUCCAGGGGGUUCCAGGAGGUUCCAGGAGGUUCCAGGAGGUUCCAGGGGGUUCCAGGGGGUUCCAGGAGGUUCCAGGGGGUUCCAGGGGGUUCCAGGAGGUUCCAGGAGGUUCCAGGAGGUUCCAGGAGGUUCCAGGAGGUUCCAGGGGGUUCCAGGAGGUUCCAGGAGGUUCCAGGAGGUUCCAGGAGGUUCCAGGGGGUUCCAGGGGGUUCCAGGAGGUUCCAGGAGGUUCCAGGAGGUUCCAGGGGGUUCCAGGAGGUUCCAGGAGGUUCCAGGGGGUUCCAGGAGGUUCCAGGAGGUUCCAGGAGGUUCCAGGGGGUUCCAGGGGGUUCCAGGAGGUUCCAGGGGGUUCCAGGGGGUUCCAGGAGGUUCCAGGAGGUUCCAGGAGGUUCCAGGAGGUUCCAGGAGGUUCCAGGGGGUUCCAGGAGACGCCUCAUGGAGGUUCUGACCCGGUAGAUCUGGAGGUUUAUGACCCGGUAGAUCUGGAGGUUCUGACCCGAUCUGGAGGUUCUGACCCGGUAGAUCUGCAGGUUCUGGAGGUUUAUGACCCGGUAGAUCUGCAGGUUCUGGAGGUUUAUGACCCGGUAGAUCUGCAGGUUCUGGAGGUUUCUGACCCGGUAGAUCUGCAGGUUCUGACCCGAUCUGGAGGUUCUGGAGGUUCUGACCCGGUAGAUCUGGAGGUUUAUGACCCGGUAGAUCUGGAGGUUCUGUUAGACCUGCUGGAUCUGGAUCAGGUUCCUGGUGGAUCAGGUCCAGUCCAGUUCUUCACCGGGUUGGAAAGAAACUUUACUGGGUUUUUCCACCACGUGAAGCUCAGACAGUCGGGGUCAAAGUUCACGUUGACUGAUCUUUGGAUCAAUGAUCUCGUCAGUCUGGACUUUGUUCUGGUGGAGGAGCCGCUCCAGCACUUCCUGGAAGGGGCGGGGCCUCCGUGCUGCCCGCGCCUGCGCACUGGAGUCCUGGGUGUAGUCCGCGGGACGGGGUUUGUGCGGGACUCGUGCGGGAGGACGGAGACGAGAACAGACGGAACCUCCAGCUCAGCGGCCGAACCCGCGGAACCGAGCCCAGCCGAGCAGAGCCGACCCCCGGACGCGGAGGAACCGGAGUAA